AUGAAAACCCUGGCAAUAGCUGCUCUACUAAACUCUCAAUCUGAAGCGGUUCUGGCAGAUAACAACUGGACCGAAUGGGAAGCCAUAACCGAUUGCACCGCCGAUUGCAUCACCCAAAACGUCGGAACAUUAAUCUACCAGCGCUCCCGGCUCAACUACCUGGUCGACGAUCUGAACAACUCGACGAUUCCGGAAAUUCAGAAUAAGACAGAAAUCUGCACCGCGGAUUCUUUCUGCCCGAAAUGGUCAAAAUGGGAGAACGCGCCAACUCCUUGCUCAGCAACUUGCGGUGGGGGCACUCGAAGUCAGAUUCGAAAGUGCAUCAAUGGGCAAAUUGGCCAGGUUGGAUGCCAAGGGCCUGUGCAACAGCUCGUCGCUUGUAAUGAAGAUCCAUGUCCCUCGUGGAGCUCGUGGUCAAUCGAUUACGACGGCGGUCAAACCUGCGGUCCAUUCUGCAAAAUGACAAAAACACGCUCGUGCAAGAGUGGCGAGAAAAUUCUUGUUGAAAUUCCAGCGCCGUGUCCUGGUCCAGCCCGGCUUGACACUGGUUGUUCUCCCUGUGGAAGUUGGAGUGAUUGGAGCGAAGGGGAGUGCUCGGAGACGUGUGGGGAGGGAAAGAUUUUGGCUGAGAGAGAGUGCUUGACGGAAGAGGGCAUUUUUGCUGACGAUUGCCCGGGGCAAUCCGUGAAGGUUGACAGUUGCAAAAUCGCGGAUUGUCCAACAACAGUCCCUCGAAAUCUCGAGUCGGCAUCAAACACAACAACAACGACAGUAUCAACACCUACAUCAACACCUCUCUCAACAAAACCAGCACUCAAUUCAACAACAAUUCAAAGCACCAGACCUCGAUUCGUCCCUUCCACUGUUUCCUUGUUGUCUCCAACCCCACCUCAAAAUAUUGAAACACUCCUGGCCGAAGAUUUCCACUGCGAAGAAAAUUGGGAAAAACUUCGGUUUUGGGAUGGAUGGAAAUGCGUGAUAUUCUUUCAAAACCCCCGACCCUGGGCUUAUGCCAACCGCGAUUGCAAAGGAGAAGACGCUCAUCUUCCGAUUCCGCACAGUAGCUUCGAUCAGUAUCAACUCUACGAGCUCGUUCGAAAAGCAAAGUUGCCCCUUCGAGCGACUUGGUUGGGUUUGAAGCGGAAUUGGGACCUGACUUGGGUCGAGGAUCACUCGACAGUCAACAUCGUCGACUUCAGUUACGACAACUGGCACAUUGGCUAUCCAGAUCCGACAGACUUCUACGCUGCAAUGCGGCAAAGCGAUGGACUUUGGUCGACUGGAAUCGGAAAAGCGUCCUUGAGAUUUUUUUGUUUUAAAAAUGCGUCUGAGAUUCAACUGAUAGACCUGGAUGCGCCGAUGAUAACGGCGGAUGCGUUGUUGACAGUUUUGGAUAAUAUGCUCGAGUCGAACCCGGAAGAGAUUGAUCUUGAAGAAAUUGUUGUUCAAGCAGCAUCAGAAGCAACAGACACUCCAAAGCUCAAUUCAACCGUUUCGACAACAAGAACUUCUUCAACAACAUCUCCCCAAAUAACAAGACCUUUACAGCAGACAAGUCAAAUUGUCCAAAAAUCACUGACGUCAACAAGGAGUACAACAACUAUUCUUACGACGACAGCGACAAAACCUCUUGAAACAAAUCCAAUUAUUGAAUCCCUACCACCAGCAUCGCCCAACAUUCCCGAAACAACAGCAGCUUCUGACAUGGUUUUUGACACCCCUUUUAUGUCGCCAGAAAUCCAAACAACAGAUGUCCAAGAAGAACUUCCAGACUUUCUGCAGCCGGCAGAGGAAGCAAACACGAACGGGUUCAUACCGGAGAAAAACCUUUCAAGUGCGAUCUAUGCGAAUACCGAAGCAGUUCAUCUUGGAACCUUGCAGAACAUCGAAGAAAAGGUCGUCAUCAAGAAAGAGAGCCAGAAAUUCCGAAACAAGAUCCUUCAAACCUUUUUUGCGAAACUUGUGGAAAACAUUUUUCUACCAAAUCUUCUUUGA